AUGACUUCUAACAAAAUCAAACCUGAUUUUUUAAACCUCUAAAACUGUCAUCAAAUUUUGAAUAAACAAGUUUAAUCAUCACAUUUUAGAUAAAAUUCAGAUAACAUCAACUUAUAUUCUACACCAGAACAAGACCUAUAAACACCACUAAAUCUUAGAAGAAAAAAUAAUAAUUAAAAUGUUAUUGGUAAAAAUUUAACAAAGUUAAAACUUUGUCAUCAGAAACAUGAAUCUUUAGAUUUUGAACCUUUUCCAUUUAAUGUAUUAACUCUAUAUAUAUAUUUAGAAAGACAUAAAAUUUUCAUAAUUUACUUAAAUCAAAAGUUAAAGAUCUAAACAAGUAAAUCAAUUUGAUUUAAGCAAACAAAUUAGUAAGAUUAAUAAUUUCUAGUAAGAAAAUAUAACUGAAACCAUAGAAACAUAAUCUUAAUUUCAGAAUAAAGAAAGAUGUGACGAAAACAUUUUGGAUUUAUUGCUUCUUAAUACAAUAGAAUUAAAGGAUAUAUUGUCAGUAAAUAAAGAAAAGCCUUUAAAAAAGUAGAGGAGUAAACCAAAAAUCACAUAUAUAUCAAAUACUAAAGCUUUGCCUCAUGAUUUCUUUUUCAAAUUAUGA